AUGGAUGAUGGGAAAGGAAAGCUGUUUGGCAACCUGUCGAACAACCUCGCCGCAAUGCGGCGAGAAGGAAACCAGACACACUUGGAAAGUGGAGAACGCAUGGAACUCGAUUCUUCAUCAACGAAUAAUGCCGAGAAACAAGUGCUGGCCGAGUUUGAGCGUAGGAAGCGAGCCCGUCAGCUAACGUUGCCAACUGACGAUUGGCAGCUGAAAAUGAAGCUGCGUAUGUUAAACCAGCCGAUCUGUCUCUUCGGUGAAGACAUCCAAGAUAGAAGAGAGCGUCUCCGUGCCCUGCUUUCGACUUUGGAUGAAGAUCAGAUCGCCCGAGUGCUACAUACCGAAGAGGCCUCUUAUGCUGACAAACGGGAUCGCGAAGCCCACACGUUUUACCAUCGUGGCGCGGAGACGCUGCGUGAUGCCCGUAUUUCCAUCGCAGACUAUUCCCUGCGUGAGGCAAAAGCCAGGAUUGUGCGCCUACGACAAGAGGCUGCCCGCCCAGAGCAGGAGAAAGCUCUCGCAAAACAGGAAGCUCACAAAUGGGUCCAACAGAUUAACCUCCAUGCCUCACAGGUAGCAGAUCUGCGGCCCGUCGCUUUCGUCGAAUUUUCCGCCGAUUCUGACCAUAUUGUGACUGCCGGCUGGUCUGGGGUUCCUGCUGUCUGGAAGCGCGAGAACUGCGAGCAAAUGAUCAAAUACACGGGGCAUCAUGGUCAAUGUGGCUGUGCACGAUUCCACCCGAAAGCCUUUGUCUCACAGGACGAGUACGCUUUGAAUGUUGCCUCUUGCGGUCAUGAUGGUACUGUCGCAUUAUGGUCACUGUCUUCGGAGAGUCCAAUUGGGCAACUAGAUAAGCAUCCACAACGUGUCGCCAGGCUUGCUUUUCAUCCGACGGGUCGCUGGAUCGCUACAGCUUGUUUUGAUUCCACGUGGCGACUGUUCGACGCUGAUGUGGGCGAGGAACUUCUGAUUCAAGAGGGCCACUCGAAACAUGUUUCUGAUGUGGUCUUUCACCCUGAUGGUGGUCUACUUCUCUCCGUGGGACACGAUUGUUAUGGACGCGUUUGGGAUUUGAGAACUGGGAGAUGCAUCAUGUUCCUCGAUGGCCACACCAAAGAAGUACAUACAGCUGAAUGGAUGCCGAACGGCUACGAAAUGGUGACGGCCGGAGCAGAUAACACCAUAAAGGCGUGGGAUUUACGUAUGCGACGAUGCACCUACACGAUGCCUGCCCAUACAUCAGUUAUCUCCCGAAUCCGUGUCGAUGCUGAUGGCCAGUAUCUGAUUUCCGGAGGAUUCGACAAUUUGUUGAAGUGUUGGGCAACGCGUGGCUGGCAGCCGUUGCGAGAAUUGAAGGGCCACGAUACAAAGGUGAUGUGUGUGGAUAUCUCGCCAAACGGGAAAUGGAUCGCAUCCGCCUCAUUCGACCGUACCUUCAAGCUGUGGAGCCAAUCCGACUAU